UUAAUUCCUCGCCGAUUUCUAUUUCCCCCCUAUAAAAUACCUCACCGCUCACUUGUUUCCUCCUCCCUUUCCUCCCAACCCCACACCAUUUCCAGCAUUAAAAAAAAAUAAUAAUACAAAUACAGCGUCGCGAUAUGGCGCCGAGGGAUAAAACGGCGGCUGUCAAUGGUCCCGGAAAGGAACAUUUUAGAGGUGUGAGGAAGCGACCGUGGGGCCAUUACGCCGCGGAGAUCAGAGAUCCGGGGAAGAAAAGUCGUGUUUGGCUUGGUACUUUCGAUACGGCGGAGGAAGCGGCGAGAGCCUACGACGCCGCCGCUCGGGAAUUUCGCGGCGCUAAGGCUAAGACUAAUUUCCCGAAUCCUUGCGAAAUCAUGAAUAAUGGUAAUACAAUCAAUAUCAAUAACCAGAGUCCAAGCCAAGGUAGUACCGUGGAGUCGUCGAGUCGUGACCCGGCACUCGUGAUCAAUUCAUCACCGUUAGAUCUCAAACUCGGACGCGGGGCGGAUUCCGGCUUCGGAUCUCACGCCUUUAGGUUUCCUUUCCAGAAAGUUUCGCCAAUGGCCGGCGUUUUUACCGCCGCCGGAGUUCCGGUUGUCGCGAGUCCUCAAGUUUUUUACCUUGAUGCUUUCGUUCGUCCUGCUUUAGUGAAAGGGCAACAGUAUCAACUGAUGAGGUUCGAUCAUAGGGAUUCUAAUGCGACGUCGUUUAACGACGGGGUACAAAGCGACUCCGAUUCCCCAUCCGUCGUUGAUUUGAACCACAACGACGUCAAUCCUCCACGUCCGCUUCUCAACAUCGAUCUCAACCAACCUGCUCUUCCGGAAAUCAUCUGAUUGUUUUUUUUCGUCGAUCAUAAUACCGGAUAAGCAUUUUUUUUAAAUCAUUUUUAAUUUAUUUCUCUUAAAUUUUAUCCCA